AUGCGCCUGACCGCGACGGCGUCGUCGGCGCGCGCGGGCGCGCGCGAGCGCGGCGCGGCGAGCGCGGCGAGCGGCGCGCACUUCGCGGGGACGACGACGCGGCGCCCGCGCGCGGCGCGACGCCCGAUCGAGGUGGAGCGGACGACGAUCGAUCAGGACAAGGCGCAGAUUCGACAGAGCGCGCGCGUGCGCAAAGCGCUGAAGCGCGUGGUGCACGAGGAGCUGGCGCACAAGUUUGACGGCACGGGGGCGAACGUGAUGGACGCGCGCGUGUCGAAAGAUUUUAAGACGGUGCACGUGCUGUACGGAACGACGCGGAUGGGGGAGGAACACAUCGCGGGGAACGCGUUGGAGCGGAACGCGCAGAAAAUACGGACGAUGCUGUCGAAGAUGUUGACGAUGAAACACACGCCGCGGUUGGUGUUUCGAUUCGAAGGCGCGCGGAGCGAGGCGCAGCGGCAGUUUGAAGAGGCUUUGGUGCGCAGUUCGCGCGAGUUUGCGGAUGAAUUAAGAGAGGAUGAAGACGAGGAUGAAUCGACGUGGGACGACGACGACGACGACGACGACGACGACGACGACGAAAGUUCGUCUUCGAGCUCGUCCUCGAGCAGUAGCAGUAGCAGUAGCAGUAGCAGCGGCAGCGGCAAACGCCGACGAGAAUAA